UGUCUCUGGAUGUGAAAAUUACAUGUAGCGCAUCAGGCUGUUAGCGGUGUGUGUGUUUGUGUGUGUGUUUGUCGAACAGACGUAUCGCCUUUUAGCCCAAAACACAGAAACGUGCUGGAGACUACGCAUGAAGAAAUUCAGUGGAAAGAAGAGAGGUGCUUCAAUGAUGCUGCUGUUAAAUUCUCUCUGAUCAUGAUGAAUGGUCUGACGCCAGCACGGAGCCUCUGAUUGGCGCAGGAUAAUUGCUUUUCUUAACAGAAAUUUGUAUUUAAUGUGGAGGACGCUACGUUUAAUCGAUUUGACAAAAUAACGAGGAUCUUGGACUCCUUUUAGCAGGGGCUCAGUUGGAUUUUUUGGGCCCACUAUGCUCUGGGACCCCCUUUUUUAAAAUGGUAUAAUCCACUUGCUUUUUCCUUUUCUUAGUCUGGGAAUCUCCAGGUUCUUUUAACCUCGCUGGUGUAUGACUUUUUAACUGUGCUGAUCUGUUAAGUGCUUCUGAUUCCAAUGAUAGAUUCAAGCCUUCAGCUGUGACUCCAAGGGACUUUUAUUUUUUUACAUCAUUGACUAUUUUGCAUUGUGCCUAUGCUGUCAUCUUUGCUGGAUGCCUGUUUCUCUUUUUAGUAAAUCAUAUCCGCAGCUGCAAUCUGUGAACAGCAAAUACAAAUAAUAGAGUGAUUGUUGUAGGUCAAAAUAGAUUCGAAAAACACAUUAAAUCCUUUCCUAUCUUUGGGAAUCUCUAGGGUUGCUUUAACCUCCCUGACAGGCAGAAUGGUCCAUCUGAAAGCUGGUUUAUGACUUUGUAACUGUGCUGCUCUGUGUCUUCUCAUGCCUUGCUCGUCAACACCACUAUGAUAAGCUCACCUGACGUGGUGGCUUUCACUAAAGAGGAUGAGUUCGGGCAGGCAGAUCCCGACCCCUGGGCCGUCCCUGAGGAGUUUUCUGUUCCUCUAUCUCCAAUCUCUGACUCAAACCCCUGGGCUAAAACCUCCUACGCCAAAUUCACCAAAGACUUCAUCCUCAUCUCUGAGUUCUCGGAGCAGGUUGGCCCCCAGCCUCUCCUCACCAUCCCAGAAGACCCCAAAGUCUGCGGCACCUUCGACCUCAACUACUUCUCCCUGCGCAUCAUGUCGGUGGACUACCAGGCCUCCUUUGUGGGGCAUCCACCCGGCAGUGGGUACCCGAGGCUCAGCUUUGUGGAGGACUCCAGAGUGGUGCUUGGAGACUCAAAGGAAGGGGCGUUCGCAUACGUCCAUCACCUCACGCUUUACGACCUGGAGGCGAGGGGCUUCGUGCGACCGUUCUGCAUGGCGUACGUCUCGGCUGAUGAGAGGAAAAUCAUGCUGCAGUUCCAGGAGCUGUCACUCCGCUUCUCUCAGGCGUCCGAGUGUCUGAAGGCUGGGAACAGGAGAGCGUUUGCCAAGGAGCUCCAGAGGAAGCUGCGGGAUCUGGAGUACACUCACUCAGUGCUGCAGAGGGAGGAGGGUCUGCAGAGAGAGGCCGGGACUCAGCGCAUGUACUCCGCUCACGCUGUGGAGAAAGCCAACGAGCUCGCAAACGUGGAAAAAAGUAUCUACGAACACCGAGACCUGCUGAGGCAGAUCAGCUCCUACAACAAACGUCCGCGCCGAGACCCUCAAGCCGUCAGCUGUGAGAAGUGCAUCAACGAGUGCUUGAGCGAAUGCGAACAGCUGAUAGAGAAAUACGCAAAGCUGGCCAGGCCUUUUAGCUACACUGGCAAAGAUGAAACAGGGCAGGAAGGGCAGAAGGACGGUGAAGAAGUUGCAGAAGAAGGCGAAGAUGUUAAGCGAAGGCCGUCGUACACGCCGCAGCUGAUCAAAGCUAAGUCCGCAAAGUGUUUCGACAAACGCCUGAAGACCCUGCAGGAGCUGUGCGACGUUACUUUCUACGAUGCCACCGUGACGCUCCUGAAGGAGACAGAGAAGGGUUUCCGGGGGGAUCUUUGCUACCUGCACACAAGACGCCUCGACAAGGCACUACGCAGGAAACAGAGAGUUACAAACUUCCUGUUUGAGGAGGACCUCGGGGAUGACGAUGAAGAGGAUGAAAGGGGAAUCCUGAGACCAUUCUGUGCUGUGAACCAUGCUGUAGAUAACUAUACUCUCUUAAAUCCACCUCAUAUUGUGCUGGGAACAGAACCUCUAGUGCUGGAUGCUCUGGAGCCUUCGGAUCCUUGUCACCCAGAAACCAGCAAUAAUCAAGACACUGAACCUGGGCUUGUGGAGAGCCAUCUGGACUCCUCCCCUUCAGAUCAGACUCUGGAGACUCAAGGGAGCUCAGAAGGGAACAAAGGAAGCUUCAGCAGCGAUAAGAGCGGACUGGAUCUCGCAGAAAAGCAACUGGAUCUGGCUAAAUCAGAAGCUCCCUAUCCUGAUUCUGAACUGACCCAUGAACCCGACAUGGAGAGGGAAAGCAGCAGCGAAGAUAUGGAGACAACGGCUGGGGAUGAGGAUGGAGACGGGACCCCUGUGUCGCUUCUGGAGGUUGUUUCCGAGCUGGAGGCCAGCAGAGAAGACCAGUGUGAAGUAAUAACCGAUGGCGCUUCGGAUAUAUUGAUUCCGUUGGACUCUGCUUGCUGCAUGGCCCAGGAGGGUUUCCUUUACGAAGCUUCUCCAGCAGAGAUAACCCCUUGUGUUGGCAAAAGCUCCAACUUGCAAACCCCAGUUGUCAACCAGGAGCCCCAGGCCCUACUUCCCAUCCAAGAUGACUACACGGUGGGUUCCCCGGGCUCAGAAAGCCCCGCAACUGGACUGGAGCUUCCCGUCGGGCUCUUUGGAGAUGCAGUUUCUCGAACCUCAGUGGAGGAAGGGUCGGACUGUACCAUGAGCGCUUCUACAGGGUCCGAUCGGGGUGCUUCACCUCUUGGCUACGGGGGAGUUGUGACCCUGCGUCAGAGGAAGAAGGCCGGACAAGGAGCGUUGAAGUUUGUGCGACAGUAUCCGUUUGCCAUGCAGGCGCUGUGGUGUUUGCUGAGCGGCAGGACGCUGGUGGUGCUGGGGGUCGACGAGGGGAGGGUCCGCCGGCUGGUUUCUGCUCUGGCUCUCUUUGUGCCAGCGCCAGGGAGGUGUGGAGAGAGGGUUCAAGCCUGGCUGUCCUGUCCCUUCACCCUCACCGACCUGCAGAGGUGGAAACUCAUUGGUUUACAAAGAGUGGCGUCCCCUGUUGGCUCCAGCAUGCUUUACUCUCUGUCCCGCUACAGCCGCUACAUCUCCAUCCUGGACGCCGACCACAAGACGCUGCGCUGCCCGCCGUACCGAGGCAAACUGCUCGCCAACAUCGCCGACCAUCGCACCUACAUCCGCCGCGGCUCCACCUACUUCCUCCACCUGCAGAGCACGCUGUGUGAGAUGGCAGCCAAGGCCUUCCUGUUCACCUUCACCCACCACCUGCACCUGCCCGUCAGCUCCACGGAGGGGCCCGAGGUGGUGGAGGGCCGCCGCCGCUGCUUCCUGCAGGAGCAGCUGGGUCUGGGGGAGGAGGACAGCCAGAUACUGCUCUACCUCAGCCAGCUCAUCACACAGCACUACCUGCAACCCUCCACCGGGGGCAGCGCAGCAGCAACAAGUUUUAGCUUCAACUACACCACCAGCGUUUUAUACAAAAUCUGAUGUUAACCCGAGGGUUCCCACAUAGUUUUAGCAAAAAUCAUCGUCCAGUCUUUGGUUUUAAAUGGACCAAAGGAGCAUUUUAAUGAGGUCUACGCUCAGUUUUUAUUUUCAGGAAAGUCUACUCUGCUCUACUUUAGUUCUCGUUUUAUUAAGUGUGUAAUCUCUAGUCACUCGGCCUUGCUGUGUUUUUCUCUAGCCGUUCCUAUUUCCUGUACAGGAAGGAAAAAGGAGGCAGUUGUGAAUGUCAGUGAGCGUUUGUCUGUAUUUGGUCAAGAACACAAUCACAAACCAAACAUAGCACACGAAGGACAGUCCUACUUAUUGUCCUUGAAUCACUGUGUGUUUUAAUGGAAAUGUUACUCGCGCUGGCUUGUUUGCAGUCAGUUCCCCCCUUUCUUCUCACCAUACACACUCUGUGUUAAUUAACCAUAGCUCAGUGUUGACCCACUAAUUCCAGUUUUCAACUACGAUAUAAUUUUAGCAAGGUUUUUUUAGGAUUACUGCAACAGUCUCACGUAUGCUGACAUUGUCUGCAUGUGAAAUCUUAUCAGCAGGCUUAUCACAGCUGGUUUUGUGACAUGCCUUUCUUCCAAAUUAACUUCCUGAAGCCGAUUCCUUUUUUAUAUUUCUUUUAUGAAUCAAUUUUAAACGCACAUUCCUGCAGUAAUCUUCCUUUAAUUUCCAAAUAGAGACACAAUGUUGGAUUUAACCUGAGUGGAUUUGUGGGCAAGGAUGAAACAUUCCUUACCUUUAAAGUUGGUGAUGCAUGAGAAGGUAAUAUUUUCUGCGUGAAUUACACACAGAGAGCCCCAUGUGAUAUUUGCAUGUCCGGAAAUCAUACUCACCCAUGUUGGGCCGGUGUCACUACUAAGGGCUGGCGGAGCAUUUUCAUGGAUAUUACUCACACCGUGCAGGAAAAAUGUACUCAAACCUAAAUGUAUUGAAUUUCACUGUUGUCUUAAAAGUUGUCUGAGAGUGUUGUGGUGUCAGCAUGAGACUGUCUUGUGCCCGGGUGAAUCACAGUGUUGAUAAUAUUUCUGUUUCGUUGUAUUCGGAUGAAGAUGCUGAAAGAGUUUGAGGUGUUGGGACAGUGUUGAUGAUUUCAUUACGGGGGAAAGAAUGGUCUCCUGUGCCAUCAAAAAGUUGAAUUAGGACGGCUGCCUAUUAUUUAUUUUUCUUCUGAACAACCAUUUGCUGGAUGUGUGGUGUGAACAAAACUUGUGAGUGUUUAUUGCUUUAGGACAAAUUUGGAUUAUGACCAUCAUGAUUAGUACGCUUUGAUUUCCUCUUUGCAGAAUUCCAGAGAAAAGUAGGAAAUCUUUUAAAGAGGCCCUAUUAUGCUUUUUACGGGGUCCCCUUUCCUGUAGUGUUAUAUAGGCUUUGCCUGAAACUCCUCCAUUGGACUCCUUUUGUUUACUUCUGUAACAUCCCUAUGUAACGUUUGCUCUCCUAUUACAGCUCCAACAUAUUGAACGUGAUAGGCUAAUGGGCGGUACAUCUAUAAGCCGUUGACCAAUCACAACAGAGCCGGCCAGCUAACCUGUCGAAGCAGACUGGGCUCUGGUUUCAGACAGAGGGUGAACACACAUGAAGAGCUUUUUGAUAAAAACCUGAAAGGAGCAUAACAGGGCCCCUUUAAGUUGUUGCCACAUCGGCCAAUUAAACGGCACUUAAGAAGCGUAUCGAUGUUUUUCCAGAUUUGACUAAUUCUGUGGCAUCAGUAAUGGAGAUGUAAUUCCGUAUCUUAGAAUGGUAAGUGUACUUGUGACUGCAUGGUCAGACUUCUAUUGUGAAAGGUCAGAAAAACGUGGCAUCAUGGCUGCUGCCCUUCCUGCUUCGAAAAGACACUUUUUGGUUUUAACUCACAGCAACCUUACAUUUUUAAUUCCCUUUGAGUAUUAUUUCAGUUUAAUGCUUAAUAUUAUUUUGCCAUGUGAUGUAUUUUUAAUACUUCUUUAACGCUUGAAUAACACAUUUUAUUUUUUAAAGUUUCAUCCCUGUGAUGCAAAAAGGUGAAUGUAAUCCGAUGAGCCAUACCACAGUGUGCUUAACAUGUCGUCACUCAGUGUCCUUAUGUUGCCAUAUCACGCCCACCUUUUGUAUCUCAUCACGACGGGGGGUGUCGUGCUCCCUUGAGGCGGCGUUGAUGCCAGUGAUUUUGCUAAAGCACGUUGUAAAUGUCUUUGCCGCUUUGAUGUAAAUGUUGUUGAUAUUCAUUUAUCCCAUUAAAUUAUUUGAAUCCA